AUGGAUUUAAGUAACAACUUGGAUAACAGUGAUACAAAUAGAUCGAAAUGGAGUCAUUUAAAAAAAUAUUUUAAAGAAAUGUCGCAUAGUGAAGGCAAUAGUAAUAAUAAUAGUAACAUUACAUUUCAAUGCCUGCUAUGCAUUCCGAAAACAAAAACGAUCUCUACCUCAACAACUUCUAAUUCAAAUUUAAGAAGCCAUAUUAAACAUAUUCAUCCUUGUCAGUUGUCUGAAUUUAAUAUGUGUGGGAAAAAAAGGCUUAAUAUUGAUAAUAACCUUGUAACAAGCAAACAGUUAAAACUAGAUGAAGUAGGAAAAAUUACAAAAAAACUAAGCCAAACAGAAUUUGACAAAGCCAAUAUCGAAUUAAUUGUGAGCACUGUACCACCCUUUUCUUUAAUAGAGCAUCCAGCGUUCAUUAAAUAUUGUAAGCUGACAUCCAAUAAAAUUCCAGCAUCCCGAAGAAAUUUUAUGCGAAAAAUUAUAACGGAAUAUAAUGAUAUGAUUGUAUUUCUGAAAGAAGAACUGUCCAAAAUUAAUUAUGUGUGCAUCACUGCAGAUUGUUGGUCCAUAUUUCGCAAGUUAUUUUUUAAAAGGUCUUACAUGGGGUUCACAGUACACUGGUUGAACCCAACAAAAUUAGAGCGUGUAUCAAAAGGACUUGCAUGUAGGAGAAUGUAUGGAAAACACACUUACGAAAAUUUAGCUGAAAUGAUUGACAAAGUAUUAUCAGAGUUCAAUAUUCAGAAUAAGACAACUCUCAUUGUGACUGAUAAUGCAGCAAACUUUUUCAAAGCUUUCAGGUGUUUUAAUAGUAAUAAUCAUAAUAAAAAAAUAGAAGAUGAAGAAGAAGAAGAAGACUUAUUGAGACCAAUUAAUACAUCAAAUGUACUUGAAAAUGGAGUGGGUGAUUUGUUUAAUAUGACAUUACCUCAACAUCAGAGGUGUGCUGCGCAUACCUUGAAUCUGAUAAAAACUACAGACAUACAAGAUGCUGAAAAAGAUAAUGUCUACAAAAUAUUAAGUAGACGUGUGUUUGGAAAAUGUCAAGCUUUGUUUAACAAACAGAACCAAUCAUCACAAUAUGCUGAUCAGAUAAAAAAUGUAAUAGGCAAAUAUUUAAUUACUUCAAAUGCUACUAGAUGGAAUUCAUAUUAUGAUGCCAUUAAAUGUAUUGUAGAUAAUUUGAACAAAAUAGAUGAAGUAUUUUCCAUAACAUCAUUGUCAUCAUUAUCUAGACCACGUGAGACUACAUUUUCAAUUGAGUAUUGCAAAGUUAUGCAGCCAAUCGCAAAGGGUUUAGACAUAUUACAAGGAGACAAUCAUGUGUGUCUUGGGUAUUUACUUCCAACAUUGACUGCCAUUAAUAAAUCAUUAAAAAGUAUGACUAAUUUAAAUUACUGUAUGCCGCUAGUAAAUGCUUUUAAUAAAGGAAUAGAAAAAAGGUUUCAAAGGUACAUGAUUUCUAGUCAAUGUCAGAUAUCAUCUGCUUUAGUUCCUAAGUUUAAGUUAAACUGGGCUAGCUUAGAAAAAACCAGAAUUAAAGAAAAGUUGGUUGAAGCUUUAAGAGCUAGUUGUGAAGAUACAGAUAGCAUAAGUUUCUCUUCGCAAUCUUUGAGUCAAAAUGAUUUGUCACAUCAAAAUGCAACUGACACGGAGGAUGAUAAUUUUUUGCUUUUUGAAGAUGACCUGCAUGAAUCUCAGAAUAUUAAUGAUUCACAAAAAAUAGUAUCUGAUUAUUUAUUAAACCCUAACAUAAAAUCUCCAAAUGAUUUCCCAGCAUCAUUAAAAUCAUUAUACAUUGAGUACAAUACUGCAGUACCGUCAUCGGCUCACGUUGAACGCCUAUUUAGUGCGGGUGGACAGCUUUAUAGUAGGAGAAGGGGUUCUAUGUCUGAUAAGAACUUUGAAAUGGCAUUAUUGUUAAAGUUCAAUAAAUAUUUUAUUGAAUAA